AUGGACGUCGAAUCUUGUACACCGGCAAAGCCUCCAUGCUCGAUCCAAGAUCUAUCGACUGAGCUUGUGCUCAUGGUCUUGGAGUACCUCCCUUUUGAAUCACACUUCGACUUUGCUUGCACCUGUAGGAGACUUGCCGUUGCCUCGCGAGGUGUGCUGGAACGACAUCAAGAUGCGUACAGUAAGUAUAGGGUGGCUUCUGAUCUCGAUCCAGCGACUGUGCCUCUGUUGCUGCGGAGUGCUUUCGGACGCGGUGAUCCUAUACCAGCGUGGCACGUGCGGUCUUUCGAGAUCUGGCGCGAUCGAGCAAGUUGGGGGGAAUGGCAGAUGUAUAGUCUGACGACACCAUUGGUGUGUGGUUCAGAGUGCGGGCCUUCGCGGCUUCGAGUAUCAAAUGAGGAAGCUGGAAGGUAUCUGAAAUGGUUUGAGGGACAAUUAAGUGAAGAACUUGACGAAGGGGUUGUUGAGGAACUUCUAGAGCAGGUUGGGAGUGGGCGGGAUGGGAUACUCAAGGCUCUGUUGUUUGCGAAGUGCGAACGCCUUGGGGAUUUGAAGUUCGUUACUCGCUGUCAAGAGAAGGGCUCCGGUCUUGCUUCGAUGAAGUUGCUCAUCGCUAAGUGGCUUCAAUACGGGAGUCACGAAACCACCGAUAACGACAGCGGUGACGAAAGCGACGACGACAAUGACUGUGGGUGCGAUAGCUGCGGUGAAAACGACACCCACAUGGACAGCGGCAACGACAGCGACUCAGACUGGGAGUCCCUCGACUCUGACGAUACUGAACAGCCGCCUCAAAGUACUACCACCGCUUCCUGGCCCCCAGGCUUCGCCGCCAUACGCACCCUAGCCGUAGGCGUCUCUUCCGCAACCUGGAUGGACGACCCCCGCGAAGACCCCUCCUCCCUCCUCUUCGCACACCUCCUCCGCCUCCCCAACAUCCACAGCAUCUUCUUCUCCCACCUCCGCACCCACGAAUGGAACGACCUCGCCUUCGACGAAGACGAAGACGAAUACGGCUACGACGUCCUGCCAAAAGGCAGCUCCUCCAUCCAGCACAUCUUCCUCCACGGCUGCGACGAGCUCGACUCAGACGUAAGAGACGACCUGUGGGACGCCCCCCGCUCGCUCCUAACCAUUUCGUUUCGGCACGACGGCGAGUCCGAGUUCUGGGGCGCAACAGGCACGGCGAACGGGCUUGCUCUUGCGCAGAAAAAGUGCCUGCGGGGGAUAAUGUGGUAUGGGUAUGCGUAUGGGUGUUUACAAGGGGAUCACUGCACUGUGCUCGACAACGAGGAGUUCGACCAUUUUAAGCGGCUGCCGGGGGUGACGCAGGUUUCUGUUAGUAUGCAGGACGUUGAGCUCGCGAUGGAACAUGCGGAUACGUAUGAAAAACUUCGAUUCUAUGAUGAGGAUGAGAGGGACGACGAGGACGGGGAAGGCUAUGUAUUCGAUGAUGUGGAUGACGGAGACAAGUUCUUUGUGAGGAGGUUGGCGACGUUGUUCCCUAGGUCGAUGGAGACGUUGGUGCUGUGGGAUGAACCGCAGGGGACGGAGAGUGCGCUGCUUGAUCGUGCGAUGGUCAAGAUUAUCCAGGAUGGACGCUAUAAGAACCUGAAAGCUAUCUUCUUGCAAGAUGUAGAAAGGGCGAGGGAAGGGCCGCGGACGGAGGGAUUGUGGUUCCAGGACGCGAUUGCGGCGGGGAGGGCAGCUGGUGUUGACGUGCACACGCUCACGAAUCGUGGGCCUAUGCGGCACAAGCUUGAUUUUGUGGAGGCGCCGGAUGAAUACGACUUGCGGUCUGGUAUACAUUCUGGCGUGAGGUCUGGUGAUUGGGUCUUCGAUGCGUAUGCCGGACGCAGAGUACCUCUUGGCUGCGGCAAGUGUGGAAGCUGUGAGAACUGUUUGGCGCAGUAUGACGCAAGGCUGUGGGCGACGAUGAGGACCGAUCAAAGCUGA